AUGAAUAGUUCAAACUCUAACUAUGAUGGACAUCCUCUCGAUUAUACCAUCAACGGAUACAGAUUUUUCAUUGGGAUAGCAGCUGGUGUGAUCAUGCUAAUUGUUACCAUUGUGGUUUCUUCAUUAUACUGCACUCGUGUCCCAAACCCACCUCGACAAAACAACGACACAGCUGACCAUGAUGACCAUAAUCACCCUGCUGGUGAUAUUGAAAUAGGUCUAGAUGAAGCGAUCCUCGAGAGCUACCCGAAAUUCCAAUAUUCAGAAGCAAAAAUCCAAACCAAGCACACAACUGCCGACAGUUCGUGUUGUUCAAUUUGCUUGGCUGAUUAUAACAACACUGACAUAACUCGGUUACUUCUUGAUUGUCGACAUUUUUUCCAUCAGAUGUGUAUCGAUCCGUGGUUGUUGAAGCAUCCUACUUGUCCUGUAUGUCGAGCAUCACCACUUCCUACACCCCAGAUGACUCCUAUGUCAAAUGUGAUGCCACCUGCAAGAAAUAUAAACUGA